AGUAGCAGUGAUUAAUUCACCCACAGUGAGAGCUGGGCUUCUAUUUAAUGGAGGGUCUCUCUGCCCAGGCCGAGUCAGAGGCGCCUCCCGGGCCAGCAGGAGCAUGGCAGAGAAUCUGGGGAUGGGCUUUGGGGAGACAGCCCUAGCGGAAAUGCUCCCCGAGGACGGUGGCUGCAGGCCCAAGGCCAGAGCCGGGCUAGCAGCCAGGAACAGCAGCGCGCGCUGGGCUCUCACCUGCUGCCUGGUGGCGCUGCCCAUCCUGGCGGGACUCACCACCUACCUGCUCGUUGGCCAGCUCCGGGCCCAAGGAGAGGCCUGUGUGUUCCAGACUCCAAAAGGACAGGAGUUUGGACCUUCACAUCAGCGAGCUUAUGGAGCUCCUGGAGCCGGUGGAGAAAAGCCAAGAGCACACCUGACAGUUGUGAGACAAACUCCCACACAGCGGCUGGAAAACCAGUUCCCGGCUCUGCACUGGGAACAUGAACUUGGCCUGGCCUUCACCAAGAACCGGAUGAACUAUACCAAUAAAUUCCUGGUGAUCCCAGAGCAGGGAGACUACUUUGUUUAUUCCCAGGUCACAUUCCGAGGGACCACAUCUGAGUGUGGGGGCAUCAGCCAAAGAAGCCAACUGAACAAGCCGGACUCCAUCAUCGUGGUCAUCACCAAGGUAACAGACAGCUACCCUGAGCCAACCCAGCUCCUGAUGGGCACCAAGUCAGUGUGUGAAAUAGGCAGCAACUGGUUCCAACCCAUCUACCUAGGAGCCAUGUUCUCCUUGCAAGAAGGAGACAAGCUGAUGGUGAAUGUCAGUGACAUAGCUUUGGUGGAUUACACAAAAGAAGAUAAAACCUUCUUCGGUGCCUUCUUGCUAUAGGGGCGAGGCAGAUGUCACUGUGUAAAGGUCCUCUGCCUCCUAAUUCCUUUCUCUUGACUUUAUGUGAUUAUACCCAGAGGAGUUUUUUGGUGGGGAACAUUCCACAGAAACAGCUAUGAAAUGUAGGGCCCAAAAUUUUACACACUUUAUGCCUUCCUGGUAAGAA